AUGAUGAUGAUGUGGCACCUGAGUGUUCAUGGGUGCUGGCUGUCUCUUUGUCAUAUGUGGGCAGGCAUUGUUGCAGUUGUUGUCCUACAUGGGCAGUCAUGUUGUGUGGGCGGUGUUUGUCCUCUUUUGAAUGUGGGCACUGGUCGUUAUCUUUGGUUGGCUAAACAACAAAAUGUGAGCAACUUCAAAAAUGUAACUUUGGAUACCAAGCAGAAGUGGGCAACUCAAGGCAGCAAAUUAGCUGGUCUUGCAAGAGCUGUGAUGGCAGGAAAGAAGACUUUGGUGACUGAAAUGUCAGGUGAAGUUCUUGGACGUCCUUGCAUGGUGAUUCAAAACCCAGACACAAAUACUCCCAUUGGCCAUCAAAUCAUCAGCAAUGUCAUCCCUGCUAUAGAUGUUCUUCAGAGACAGUUUCUGGUAUCUUUCUCCAUGAUGUUUUCACACUUUCAUGGCAGAAAGAUGUCAUGGAUCUUGGCAACCUUGUCUUGUUCCUCUUUCCUCCAAGCCAGCCUCUCUCUCACCCUGCACAUUAUGAACAGGACUCUUCUCAAUGCCCCCUCUCCUUGUACCAACAUCAAAGAUGAGAGUGAUGCCAGUAAUGACGACAAUGUCAAGGGUGCACCUCCCCCCUCAGAUACAGAGGUUCCCUUGGUGAUCAUCGACACCAAUUAUGAUCGUUCCCACCAAGACAAUCAAAAGUUUCCUAUAAAACAACAUUACACUGACAAGUCUCAGGCUUGGGAGGCAGGGUUUAUUUGGACAGAGAAAGACAGGAAGAAGGCCAUGCAUGCCAUUAUUCCAAAGGAUAUGGCAACAUUUCAGAAUGGUCAUGAACCCACUCUGGAUCAACAUCUACCUGAUCAACUACUUGACAAGUUCAUGGCUCUAUUUCCAGAAGGUCUGAAAGACACUGACACUGAAGAGGAGGGAAUUGACAAUACAUUUCCCUCAAUUCAUUUUGUAUGCUCUGUAUCUCUGCAAACCACAAGUGCCAGGAAAUUUAGUUGUCACUCCAUAACAGUAUAUACAUUCACUAAAGACACCCCAAGCUCACCUAAUGGGGCUCCAAGAUUUUCACAAGAAGUACAAUGUGUCUUGUUAAUGGUGAGACAAGUAUUCAAUGAGUUUGAUUUGAUGGGUUGCCACAUCAUCUGCCGUGAUGAUACCAAAGCUUUCAUUGUCAAAGAUAAUAAGAUGGAGUAUGUCAUGGUUGGUUUUUAUGGAGCAGGGUGA